UGUUUGUGUCGGUUUGAGAGACAAACUAAUUAUAAGUUAGAGUACACUAUAGUAAUGAUAUGACUGUUAGGUAUGUCUGAGUUAAUGCAUAUACAGUGCUAUUGUAUGUGUUGUUCAGUGAAAACUAUAGUCAAUGCAUAAUAACAUGGAGUGAACAGAGAGUACAUUGAGUUUGCAGUGAAAACAUAGCUAUUGAUUGAAUUGAAUGAAUGAAUGAUUGAAUGAGAGUCAAGACAACAACAACAGACAACAACUCUUGAUUUAUUUGAUCCAAUUGACCAAACAUUGUCUCAUUUAUGUGAUUAUUGUAUAUAUAGUGGUAACCAGUUGUCACCACUUAACCAAAUGGCAACAACACAGACACAUAGCAGAGACCGACGAAAUGGCUCAAUGAAGAUAAGACUGACCAUUUUAUGCGCCAAAAAUCUGGUCAAACGUGACUUCUUUAGUCUUCCCGACCCCUUCUGUAAGAUUUGUGUGGACGGUUCGGGUCAGUGCCACUCAACCGAAGCAUCAAAAGAUACGUUGAGUCCCAAGUGGAACAAACACUAUGAUCUAUACAUUACAAGAACAGAUUCAGUGACAAUAAGUAUAUGGAAUCAGAAGAAAAUUCACAAGAAAGCCGGCGCAGGAUUUUUAGGAUGUGUUAAGAUUAUGCCAAAUGACAUACAAAGUCUUAAAGAUACCGGAUAUCAACGGUUAGAUUUGCAUAAAUUUCGUGAAGAAGAUCAAGAUAUAGUUAGGGGUCAGUUAGUGAUAAGCUUACUCUCGAGAGACGGGAGUCGAUCCAGUAGUGGUCGCCUUCAAAAUGUAGUCAUUUCUGAUUCGGGAAAUUCCAAUAAUUCUCAGAAUUGUCUUCUCAAUGAUGAUCUGCCCGAAGGAUGGUCUGAAUGUCGAACUUCUUUAGGAAGAGUCUAUUAUAUGAAUCACGAAACUAGAACUACUCAAUGGGAACGACCCAACACUAGUGCCUAUACAUCUUCUCGGAGGAAUAAUCAUAAUUCAGAACAAAAUAGUGGUACAAAUGGUUCAACGAGUGCUUCAGGUUCUCAAAAUGCAAGUGAUAUACCAGCUGUGAGACCACAUGGACGCCGAUCAACGCGACAUCGAAAUUAUUUGGCCAGAAAUCACUUACAUGAAGCCGUGUUGAGCGCAUCAAACUCUCAUCAAAAUCGGACACAAAAUCUGAAUACAAAUCAACCAGAAUUACGUGUAAACAAUGAUUACUCAAAUGCCAGUGAUUUGCCCGAAGGAUAUGAAAUGAGACAAACAUCUCAAGGUCAGGUAUAUUUCUAUCAUAUGGAGACAGCAGUGUCCACUUGGCACGACCCGCGUGUACCCCGAGAAUUGUUACAACAAGGUAUCAAUUUAGAUGAAUUGAUAGGACCACUACAUAAUGGUUGGGAAGUAAGACAAACUCAAUCGGGUCGUCAAUAUUAUGUGGAUCACAACAACAGGACCACACAGUUUACUGAUCCACGACUUGUAGUCAACUCAGUGAUGCUCCAAAAUUUAUUAAAGAUUCGCUCGAACCGUAAUAAUAAUGUUAAAGAGGAUAACAAGAAAAUUAGUCACAAUAUUAGCAAUAAUAAUAUAAACGAUUUGCUAAGCAGUUCUCAAAUACAACGACGAAAUUUGGUUCAAAAGAUGAGUGCCUUAAGACAAGAACUGCAAGCAUUUCAACCCCAAUCGGGUCACUGUCGGCUGGAAGUGUCGAGACAAGACAUCUUUGAGGAAUCUUAUAGAGCUAUACUCAAAAUGAGGCCAAAAGAUCUGCGCAAAAGACUUAUGAUUAAAUUCAGAGGAGAAGAAGGUCUCGAUUAUGGGGGCGUCGCUCGUGAAUGGCUUUACUUAUUAUCACAUGAAAUGCUUAAUCCAUAUUACGGUCUCUUUCAAUACACCAGAGAUGAUAUUUAUACGCUUCAAAUCAAUCCGGAUUCAGCUAUAAAUCCGGAACAUUUAUCGUAUUUUCAUUUUGUUGGUCGAAUCAUUGGUUUGGCUGUAUUUCACGGACAUUAUAUCGAUGGAGGAUUUACACUACCUUUUUAUAAAAUGUUAUUAAAUAAACCGAUCACUUUAGAUGAUAUUGAAUCAGUGGAUCCAGAGUUACAUAGAAGUCUUUGUUGGAUGUUAGAAAAUGACAUAACAAACGUAUUUGAUAUGACAUUUGCUGUAAAUCACGAUUCAUUUGGUGAGCUUCAGGUUCACGAACUGAAGCCGAAUGGAAGGGAUAUUAUGGUAACUGAAGAGAAUAAGAAAGAAUACGUCAAACUUUAUGUCAAUUUUCGGUUUACUCACGGAAUUGAACACCAGUUUCAAGCCUUACAUAAAGGAUUUUGUGAACUCAUUCCGCAACAUCUUCUCAAUCAAUUUGAUGAGAAAGAACUUGAACUUGUUAUCGGAGGAUUAGGAAAGAUAGAUCUCGACGACUGGAAGGCAAAUACACGGCUAAAACAUUGUAAUUCUGAGUCAAAUAUUGUUAAAUGGUUUUGGAGAGCUGUCGAGGAAUAUAGUGAAGAGAGAAGAGCUCGUCUCUUACAGUUUGUAACUGGAAGUUCAAGAGUACCCCUUCAAGGCUUUAAGGCUCUACAGGGGUCAACAGGAGCUGCUGGUCCGCGACAUUUUACAAUACAUUUGAUAGACACGGAUACCGUUAAUUUGCCUAAAGCUCACACAUGUUUUAAUCGUAUUGAUAUUCCUCCGUAUGAAUCAUAUGAGAAACUUUACGAGAAAUUAACGCAAGCUAUUGAAGAAACGUGUGGUUUUGCUGUUGAAUAACAACCCUUUAUUCACAUCACUUCAGUGCCUAAAUCUACUGACAAAUUGUUUUCAAAAAUCGAUUACUUUUUUCAUUGUUAUAAACAGUUUGUACGGUAAAUGUUUCUCAAAUUUAUUUCUUUUAAAUCUGUGAUCUAUUAUUAUAAUUAAGGGAAAGGUAUUGAUUUUAAAUUUGUUGAC